GAAGCAGUACGAACACCAGCCCGAGAACAGCAGGCAACACACACACUCCUGUCCUCCAGAGAGGUUUUUUAUUUUCUCCUUUUUAACAGACGUUUUGUCGUCUGAAAACCAUGACUCGAGCAACGACCUGGAUAUUUCUGUUUCUGCCAUUAAUGUGGCAGAAUUUGGAGCCAGCUGGAGGCGAGAGGCAUUCCCUCACUUACAUCUACACGGCCCUCUCCAAACCUGUUGGACUCCCCGGUAUCCAUGACUUCACAGCCAUGGGUCUGAUGGACAGCAGGAUGAUUGACUACUAUGACAGUGAUAACCAGAAGAAAGUUCCCAAGCAGGAUUGGAUGAAAGAGAAGCUUCCCAGUGAUUACUGGGAGAAAGGCACACAGUCUCGCCAGAGCAAGCAGCAGUGGUUCAGUGUCAACAUUGGCAUCCUGAUGGAACGAAUGAGACAAAAAUCGAAUGAAACAGACGUCCAUGUCCUUCAGUGGAUGCACGGCUGUGAGGGAGACCUGCAGGAAGAUGGCACGUUAAAGUUCAUUCGUGGUAUGGACAUGUACAGCUACGAUGGAGACAACUUCCUGGCCUUCGAUGACACCAACUCAGUGUGGGUCGCCCCGACUCCUGAGGCACUCCUCACCAAGAGGAAGUGGGAUGGUGUUGAUGUCCUAAAAGAGUACACCAAAGGCUAUCUGGAGAACGAGUGUAUGGAUUGGUUGACCAAGUUCAUGACGUAUGGACAAAAACAGCUAAGAGAGGCCUCUCCACCUCAAGUCCACCUGUUUGCAAAGAACUCAAAGGUUAAGACGAACAUCAUUUUGACAUGCCUGGCCACAGGUUUCUACCCAAAAGACAUCACCCUGCGGAUCAAAAGGAACGGCCGUGUUCUCUAUGAAGAUGAUGGAUUAACAAGCUCGGGCGUUCGACCAAAUCAAGACAACACUUACCAGAGGAGAGACAGUGUGGAGAUUCUAAGAACUGACAAGUCUACAUACACCUGUGAAGUCAUUCAUAAAGCAUCUGGUGUAAACGUUGAGAGGGGAUGGGAUCACAUUAUUCCUCAAGAGUCUGGAGUUGACGGUCUUACCAUUGGUAUAGGUGUGGCUGUGGCUGUGGUCAUCUUGCUUCUUGUGGUUGCAGCAGUGCUGUUUGUGUUGUACAAAAGAGGCAAAUUUGUUCGUGCACCACAGGUUGUAGUUACUCCCCUAAUUAACAACACCUCUGCAUCCAGUACCGCUUCUGGAGGCAGUAACAGCUCGGCAGCCAGUGUCACCUCUGAAGAGGAAGUUACACCUCUCAAUCCAGUGAAGAAAGCAUCAGAGGAGUCUCUACACAGCGGUGAUACUGGUGUCUCUGGUGUCUCUGCUAACAACACCUCUGCAUCCAGUACCGCUUCUGGAGGCAGUAACAGCUCGGCAGCCAGUGUCACCUCUGAAGAGGAAGAUUCACUUCUCAAUCCAGUGAAGAAAGCAUCAGAGGAGUCUCUACACAGCGGUGAUACUGGUGUCUCUGGUGUCUCUGGUGAGGCUUGAGAAUGAUCCAGGCAAGAACCCCAACUCCGAGAAUCAUCACCUGGAGAAUUGAGAUGGUGUUCACGUGAUCUGAAGUCUCUGCAAAUACCGACCAACCUACCAGUAUAAAAGCUGCAUGUACUCCUGGGCAGGGGAUAGAAAUGAAAAAGGGGAGUUUGAAAACUUAAUUUAGAAAUUAAAAUGGGAAAAAACUGUCAAAAAAGAAGAGAGUAUGUAAAUAAGUUCUCCACCGCUUCUUUAGAGGGUUUUCCAGAUUAAAUACAGAGAAACUGAAAUUGCCUCAACAUUUAAGAAUGAUGAUGAGAAUUUCUAGAAAAAAGACUCACUUCUUUGUGUAAAGUUAAAGUAGUGAACCCAAACAGGACUUUAUUGGGACAGGUCUUGAACUUCAGAAGAGUUCAAAUAUAUUGACCAAGUGUUGAAUAACGCAUGGUCAAUAUAUUUUUAUGGGUUGGUUAAAAGAGGGAAAACAUGUGAAAGUGUUCAGUGUUUUGGUGAGGCCUUAAUAAGGAAAUGCAUAUAAUACAAAAAAGAAAAAGCUGGAAGAAGAAAUGCUGAAAUGCAGUUGUUGAGGAUCAUGCUGGUGCCUUUUUUUUAAAUUGAAGGGAUAGUGAUAAGCAGAUGCAAAUUUAUUAUUUUCCUCUUUUGGGCUUUUGGGCUCUUGUAUAUCAAAUGUAGAAGUUUUAUCUGAAAUGUAUUUUGUUACUCUUUUUAAUUUUUUCUCACAAUUUCUUUUGCUAAAAAUUGCACUUUUGUUUCUAAAUAUCUUUAGAAAAAUGCUACCAAACAAUAAUCAAUUUGUUGGUCUAAGAAAUCAGUGAAUCCUAAAAUCUGUGUUAACAUUUACAGUAUUUGUUCAAUGGUAAGACUAAUGACAAAUAUUAAAUGUUUGUAGUUUCUGUCUAAAACGUUUAAAUUAGUUAAAUUCAUUAACAAACUAAUGUGAAUCAAAGCAACAAUUACGGAAUGACAUUAAAUUAAUGCAAAUUUUUGUACUGUCUAUAUUAAAAUGACAAUGGUAGGACAUGAACACAGCUUAAGCAAUUUGUCUCCUGUUUGUUUCUCUAUUCUGUUUGUACAGUGUGUCUGAUUGCAUGUCUACCUACAUUAAAUAAAUAAGUAAUUUGGAAAAAGUCAAA